AUGAUACAGAUGAUUUGGAUGAAGAAAACAUUGAAUUGGGAUGAAACUAUUGAGUUGGAUGAUGAGCUGGAAAAUCAGGAAUACCUGGAGAGUUCCUUCUUCACCAAAUUUAAAAGUGCAAAGCGUGCUUCAGCUACAAGUUUUGCAAGCAUUUGUUUGGAAAGUUUUCUUGUUGCUAUCUUACAAGACAUUUGUGCACUUUUGAGAAGCGUAGCGCAGGAAAUCGAUAAUCCGUUUGGGGCUUUUUUUGCCGCUUGUGCUGCGGUACUCGUCAGUUGUAUCGAAAGUUUGAAUUUCUAA